GCUUCAUUUCAUACAUAUAGGUGCGCUGAUCUCCAUUAAAGGCUUAAGCCAUUUUGGUUUGCUCUGUCCUCUCAGAGAAUAUAUUCGCUCUCUUUUUGCCUCUCAGAGUUAUCAUUUUCCUAUAUACAUACAUACAGGUGAUGGUUAGGUGUGUCGAUUGCGAAGUUUACUGCAGAAACAGACUAUAUUGGGCGAGAAUAAUAGGAUUUGUAGUGUGCCUAUGUCUUGUAUUCUUGUAUAUAUGCCAGGGUCCCCCUGCCCUCAAGGUGAAUUCCUUGAGUGGUAAGGUCAGCUCCCUCCAUGUUCCAGACAAGGUUUCCUCUGCCAGUCUAGGAAGGGGGCCACUGAACGUGGUGAUUGUGUAUGCCUUUGAUUGCACUAACUGGACCUCUGCCUGGUACACAGUGGAUGGGAUCUUUUGGAUGGUGCAAGAGAAGCUCACCUACUUCGCUGGAAGCUGCCUGGGUUACAUCUAUGUCAUAUCGACCCCAAACACGUACACGUUGGACAUGAAAGUAGUUGACCCUACUGAGACAAAGGAAACUGGCUACACAAAAUUUGCCUGGCACAGGAUGACUUGCACGAAAAACAUGGCAUCAGGCCUCGCCGAGGCGCAUAAAAUGAUCAGCAGCUGCGGGCACCACAACAGCAUCAUCUUGUUCUUCUCCGAUGGAUUGGUAAACAAGGGAGACUUCUUUGAUGGAACCCAGAACUUUGUUUCCAAAGUGCCCGUCCACACAUUUACGCUCGCCGGGGACGCAUAUAACCAUGUUCUCCACUCCAUUGUGGCAAAUUCUCCGGGUGGGAAGUUUCAUGCCACCGCUGUUCCAGAAAGGCCAAAUCUAUCAUCACCCUUCUCGAAACUACUCGAUAGCCUCCUUGGUGCCACCCCAAAGGACGAUGAGAAGCCUCCUGGUACCGUUUCAGGAAGGGAACCUCUAGACGUGGUGAUUAUUUCUGCCUUUGACAGCACUAACUCGACCCCUGCCUGGUACACGGUGGAUAAUGAGAUAUUUUGGUUGGUGCAAGAGAAGCUCACCCACUUCGCUAACAGCUGCAUGGGUUACAUCUACGUCAUGUCGACCCCUAACAUGUACACGUCAGACAUGAAAGUAGUUGACCCAGCUGACACAAAGGAAACUGGCUACGGGAAAUUCGAUUGGCGUAGGUUGAAAUGCACUAAAAACAUGGCAUCAGGCCUUGCCGAGGCACAUAAAAUGAUCAGCAGUCGCGGUUAUCACGACGGCGUCAUCUUGUUCUUCUCUGAUGGGUUGAUAAACGAGGGCAACUUCUUUGAUGGAACCAAGAACUUCAUCUCCAAAGUGCCUGUCCACACGUUUACUCUCGGAGGUGACGCAUAUAACCAUGGUCUCCAAGCCAUUGCCGCAAAUUCUCCGGGUGGGACGUUCAACCCCAUUCCAGUUCCAAGGAAACCACAUAUGUCAGCGCCCUUUUCCAAACUACUGGAUAGACUCCUCAGCAGCACCAUGAAGGACUAAAAUUAUCAAUAGUAUGGGCAAUUUUUCUGAAGUUACCGACAUGCACACACGCACUUGAUUUCCAGCACCUUUACUCAUUUCCUAUGUUGAAUUGCCAUUACUAAUAAGCAAGUGCCACUACCCUAUGUGUGCAUAAACUGCAUUGACACACUUGCAUCUUUUGUUUCUUGUAACCUGACUAAGAUUCAACUCAAUGUGAAGGGUGGUAUCUCCUUUGGAAUUUCUACUGAAACCGAGAGGGGAGCCGUGCCGGAGUUGCCAUGGAUUUGCUUGGCGAUUUGCCUGCAGCAUACUGCUAUGUCAAUGCAUCUAGUUACUUGCUGGUAUAAUUAUAAAGUUGGUGGUUCACUACGCCUAUGUCUUUAUUUUUUGCAAGAAUACUACACCUAUGUCGUUGAAGUACCUACAUUUAACAGAUGUUAACUGUUUGUGAUAA